AAUUUUGCAAGGGUAUUAAUAGCAGCCGAAAAUGACUCUGGACUAUCUACCUAUACCGAAAGUUCCUAACGAUGACGAUGCUUCUGCUGCAGCAGAGAAACGUGACCUGGCCACUAGAUAUGGCGGAACUUACCUGGCACCUGGGAAAAUCUACCGCAAUGAAACGGACUCUGCUCGAGAAACCAUUAAAAAAAGAUUGGAUGAAGCCGAAAGAGAAGAUCACAAAAAGUCUUACGAAACAUUAACCAAGGGAGCAGUACAUGUCGAAGCUAUGCCAUUUAACGAGAGGGCUAUUUAUCGUAUGAAGCAAAGUCCUAUUGUUGUACUAGGGAUUUUGGGAAGCUUCACCACAAUUUUCUUUGGAGUUAGAGCUGCGUAUAAAGGCAGAGAAGGACGAAGUACUCAACUGAUGUCUGUCCGGCUGGGAUUUGGGAUACUGACUGUUUCUGCUUUGCUUAUAGGGCAACAUAUGCAAAAAGUUAAAUAUCAAGAACGUUUACAGGCUCUUAAGAAAGAUUUACUAAAGGAACUAGGUGAAGACGAGGAUUCUUUGACAUCGUGAUAAGUGAUUUAAGAGCUUUAUUUUUGUAGCAGAAUUUUCAAACUGUCAUUACAUACAAACUGGUAUAUUGACUUGAAGGGAGCCUAUAAAAAGGAAUGUAGCGGUCGAUACGUUUUUGACAAGAAAUUGAAUGUAACCUCUUGAACCAUUGUCAGUGAAUUCAAACCUGUAUUGUAUAUACAUGCAUUUGUCUACACGAGGCUCUAGAAACACAUUUUAAAAAUGUCUAGGAUUGCAAAACUGUGAACAACAACAAGCAAACAAAAUUUACAAGUUAUGGAUUAUCACGGAAAAGUUCUCCUAAGUUCUAGCAAGAGAGAUGUUGGAAUCAGCUCAGUAUGGUAUUUAACAUGAUUGGUUUUCAAUCAGUAUUUUUGUUGAGUUUGCCCUUACACUGCAAUUGUAUGUCUGUAAAAAGUCCAAAAACUGUGCACCGUUUCUACCAAAAAACAAAAGGAGAGGACAUUUCUGGCUUUAGUAUAAUAGGUCAUGUCAAUUAUUGACAAAAUUGGUGGUGAGUUGACUGUAUUUUGAAUAAUAAAUAUAUAAAUUAGUA